UGGAAAGAAACACAUGGCAGGACCUGGUUAACAGUGAAAAUUCCCUGGUUCGUGACGAGAACCAGGGUGGGGUUGGUUCGUACACGAAAUACGUUUUUAUUUUGAAAUGGUUUCAUGCCAUUUGAAUCCCGAAUUAAGUUUAAAAACGUAAUGGAGUCUAGACCACGGAUCAUAAAGCAAAAAAGGGCAAGCCCACACAUAAUAGUCUAUAUACCUUACUCCUUCAAAUGAAUACGCUUGCUAACGUUAUCUGACUAAAGAAGCAAACGUAACCAUCAUUUUCUGUUUUUAGACAACCAUCAAGUUAGUUCAGCCGGCUGAAACAUUUCCCCCUCUACGUCGCCAGUAGCUCCAUAACUUAUGAAUGAAUAUUUUUCUUUACAGUUGGCUGAAGGUUGAGAGGUCGUGGUGGCACGGAGCAAGCAGACUCCCAGCCCCGCCCCUAUCCGCUCUGAACAGGCAUCAUGGCGGACGUUCAGCACGGCAACAACAAUCACGUCCCGGUUCUUUUCUCGUUUUCUGUGUUUUCGCGACCGUCCUUAGUACCGCUUGGCUCCGGCCAUGAAGUGCUUAUCCAGAAGUUUCUGUCAAUAUACGGAUACCAAAUCGACAUUCGCCGCAAGUUCACGAUCCAGCUGUUCUCAGACGAGUGGGGUCAAUAUAUUGAUUUGCCGAAAGGGUUUGUCAUAUCUGAGAAAUGCAAGCUACGACUGGUACCUCUGCAAUUAGACAUGACGAUGCUGGGCAAUCUCUCCGCCUCCAACACCGUCUUCUUCUGCUGCGACAUGCAGGAGCGCUUCCGCCCUGCCAUCAAGUACUUCGGUGACAUCAUCAGUGUGGGCCAGAGACUGCUCCAGGGCGCUCGUGUUCUGGGGAUCCCGGUGAUCGUGUCGGAGCAGUACCCCAAAGGCCUGGGCAGCACCGUGCAGGAGCUGGACCUGAGCGCCGCCAAGCUGGUCUUCCCCAAAACCAAGUUCUCCAUGGUGCUGCCCGAGGUGGAGGCCAGCCUGGCCGAGAUCCCCGGCCUGCGCAGCGUCGUGCUGUUCGGAGUGGAGACUCACGUUUGCAUCCAGCAGACAGCGCUGGAUCUGAUUGGUCGGGGGCUGGAGGUGCACAUCGUUGCCGACGCGUCGUCAUCACGCAGCAUGAUGGACAGGAUGUUCGCUCUGGAGCGGCUGGCGCGGGCGGGAAUCACCGUGACGACCAGCGAGGCCGUGCUGCUGCAGCUGGUGGGCGAUAAGGAGCACCCCAAAUUCAAGGAGAUCCAGAACCUCAUCAAAGCCAGCGCCCCGGAGUCCGGCCUGCUGUCCAAGGUCUGAGCCCAUCUGCUGCGGCGCGCCGCCCAAUCCGGCCCCCGGGAUCUGAGACCAUGAAAACAAAGGUUCCCACCUGGUCAGCGUGAAGAAGAAAUGCUUUCUGCCACACCCCUGACAUGCCCCUGACUCCUCCAUCAGCACUGUGUGUCUGUACCACACCCCUGACUCCCCCAUCUGCACUGUGUGUCUGUACCACGCCCCUGAGACGCCCCUGACUCCUCCAUCUGCACUGUGUGUCUGUACCACACCCCUGACUCCUCCAUCAGCACUGUGUGUCUGUACCACACCCCUGACUCCCCCAUCAGCACUGUGUGUCUGUACCACGCCCCUGACACACCCCUGACUCCUCCAUCAGCACUGUGUGUCUGUACCACACCCCUGACACACCCCUGACUCCUCCAUCAGCACUGUGUCUGUACCACGCCCCUGACACACCCCUGACUCCUCCAUCAGCACUGUGUGUCUGUACCACGCCCCUGACACACCCCUGACUCCUCCAUCAGCACUGUGUGUCUGUACCACACCCCUGACUCCCCCAUCAGCACUGUGUGUCUGUACCACACCCCUGACUCCUCCAUCAGCACUGUGUCUGUACCACGCCCCUGACACGCCCCUGACUCCUCCAUCAGCACUGUGUGUCUGUACCACACCCCUGACUCCUCCAUCAGCACUGUGUGUCUGUACCACACCCCUGACUCCCCCAUCAGCACUGUGUGUCUGUACCACGCCCCUGACUCCUCCAUCAGCACUGUGUGUCUGUACCACGCCCCUGACUCCUCCAUCAGCACUGUGUGUCUGUACCACGCCCCUGACUCCUCCAUCAGCACUGUGUGUCUGUACCACGCCCCUGAGACGCCCCUGACUCCUCCAUCAGCACUGUGUGUCUGUACCACACCCCUGACAUGCCCCUGACUCCUCCAUCAGCACUGUGUGUCUGUACCACGCCCCUGACUCCUCCAUCAGCACUGUGUCUGUACCACGCCCCUGACUCCCCCAUCAGCACUGUGUCUGUACCACACCCCUGACAUGCCCCUGACUCCUCCAUCAGCACUGUGUGUCCGUAGGUUGCUGUGAGCUCGUGCACUGACUUUUUAACCUUCUUUGACAUUUGUUUUCAGUAAUAAUAAAUUAGUAAAUUAUUAUAAAUGAUUUGUUUAUAAUAAUAAAUGUUGGGCAGCGGACUUGUAUUAACUGAAUGCUGUAGUUAAUCGAUAUGCGGUACACACACUCGCACACACACACGUGCGUACAUAGCUACACAAACCCACACAUUCUUUAACCUUCAUAUUCUAUGCACUGUAUUUCAACACAAAUUGGUAGAAGCGUACAGUACCAAAUGCAUACUGUACCAAAUGCAAAUGUUAAGAUUUAAUGCUUGUUUUUGCUGUGUUUUUGCCUCUGACUUUAGUUACCAUGUGCUAUUUUAUGUUUCAUAUUUCAUAUUUUAACGUGCGUCAUGUUGAAUGAGAAGUGUCUGUCCUCUGUAACCCCACUAACGCUGUUUUUGUUUAAGCUCCCCUGAGCCCAGAUUGUGAGGAGUGAAUACUCUGAGUUUUGAUCUCAUUUCUGCGUUCACACUUGGCUUCGCGGUGGAGAGCCGCAGCUCAGGGAUCCUCCAGUUUCAGAGCGCUGCAGUGUCUUCUGGGUGUUUGUGUGGCUCAACCCUGAUUGGCUGAAGACUCGUUGUGAACGAUCAGCUGCCGAAAAGGCAGCAGACACGUAGAUUCCUGCAGUGAAGUGAACCUUUCCGGUUUGUUGUGUGUGUGAGUCUGAAGAGUGGGGUGUGUGCUGAUUUAUGUGGUGUGUGUGCUGAUUUAUGUGGUGUGUGUGCCAGGAAUGCACUUUGAGGAGUCACGUUCAGGCUCCUGUACGUCAGCAGUGCUUCGCUGUAAAAAUAAAACACACUGUUCAGAAAAUAAGCAGCUGAUUGAUCUCCCCUCGCCCCUGAUCAGUGACACGCAGACACAGAUCAGAAUCACGCGUGUUUGUGCGAGAGUGUUCAGUGUGCCUGCAUUACUGGAGUUAGAGUGUUCAGUGCUCCUGCAUUACUGGAGUUAGAGUGUUCAGUGUGCCUGCAUUACUGGAGUUAGAGUGUUCAGUGGUCCUGCAUUACUGGAGUUAGAGUGUUCAGUGUGCCUGCAUUACUGGAGUUAGA